AUGUUUUCUAUUCCAACCUUCGGCCCUUCCGAGAAGACUAAGGCGGCCUUGAAGCUGGGCGCCAGGUUUUCAGUGGAAGAACAACGUAAAUUAGCAUCUAGACGACGGAAGCUGUACGUUGCUGCAGCAGGGGCUAUCGUUAUGUUGGGUUUCCAAUACAAAUACAACGAGGUAAUUGAUGUCGUCGGCAACCCUAGUGGAAUCACAUCGCCAAACACUCUAUUUUACUCGAGGCUUCUCUGCGGACGCACCCGUAGUAGGAUCACUGGUAGUAUGAUGUCUCGAACUGUGCCUGUGCGGAUGAGGGAGCCGCUGUUCAAACUCUAUGCGAAGUUCACUGGAGCUGAUUUGACGGAAAUACGGUAUCCGUUGGACGCAUACCACUCCUUCCAGGAAUUCUUCACCAGAGCCCUCAAGGACGGGGCUCGUCCCAUCGAGGACCUUGCCCCGACGACUAUGGUCUGUCCUUGUGAUGGUGAGGUUGUCAACCUCGGAGUGAUUGACCGGGCACAGACUAGGGUGUCGCAGCUUGACCCUACCAUAUCUGGUGUCAAGGGCGGUACGUACAUGCUCUCUGGCUUCCUGGGUGUGGACCCUAUGAGAAGGCUUCACCCAGAUUCCAAGCUGAUGUAUGCUGUUAUCUACCUGUCGCCUGGUGACUACCAUCGCUUCCAUUCGCCAACAAAAUUCCAAUUGCAGCAGGCGCGGCACUUCCCUGGUGAUGUCUUACCUGUGAUGAAGCCCUUCGCCUCAGCAGUUGACGAUUUAUUCACAGCUAAUGAACGAGUGGUCUUAUCGGGGACUUGGGCAUUUGGUCAGUGCCACUACGUUCCUGUUGCAGCGUACAACGUUGGUGGCAUCAAGUUGGCUUUUGAAAACAAGCUCCGAACGAACCAGUUGAGGUCAGUGUCGGUGUAUACAGGAGGAGAGAUAAGGACUAGGCUCUUCGACAACGCCUUUGAGCACGGCGAUCCGAUAGGGACGUUUAUGCUCGGAAGCACGAUAGUGAUGAUGUUUGAGGCACCGCAGUCGAUGGAAUGGGCGGUGAGUGUUGGGGAUAAGGUCAAGAUGGGCCACUUACUGACCCAACCCCUCAAGAAAGGCUCUUAG